AAAAAAAAAAAAAAAAAGACUGGGUAAUGUAUAAAGGAAAGAGGUUUAACUGACGCACAGUGCUGGGGAGGCCUCAGGAAACUUACAGUCAUGGUGGAAGAGGAAGCAAACAUGUCCUUCUUCAUGUGGCUGCAGCAAGGAGAAGUGCCGAGCAAAAAGGGGAAAAGCUCUUUAUAAAACCAUUAGAUCUUUUGAGAACUCACUAUCAGGAGAACAGCAUGGGGGAAAAUGUCCCCUUGAUUCAGUUAUCUCCACCUGGUCCCGCCCUUGACACGUGGGGAUUAUUAAAAUUCAAGCUCCACUGGGGCCAUGUCAGAGCGAGAAGAGCGGCGGUUUGUGGAGAUCCCUCGGGAGUCUGUCCGUCUCAUGGCGGAGAGCACGGGCCUGGAGCUGAGCGAUGAAGUGGCGGCACUGCUCGCAGAGGACGUGUGCUAUCGUCUGAGAGAGGCCACGCAGAAUAGCUCUCAGUUCAUGAAGCACACCAAACGCCGGAAGCUGACAGUUGAGGACUUCAACAGGGCCCUCAGAUGGAGCAGCGUGGAGGCCGUGUGUGGUUACGGAUCCCAGGAGGCACUGCCCAUGCGCCCCGCCAGGGAGGGUGAACUCUACUUUCCUGAGGAUCGAGAAGUGAACCUGGUAGAGCUGGCCCUGGCUACCAACAUCCCCAAAGGCUGUGCCGAGACAGCUGUCAGAGUUCAUGUGUCCUACCUGGAUGGCAAAGGGAACCUGGCACCUCAAGGAUCGGUGCCCAGUGCUGUGUCUUCACUGACAGAUGACCUUCUCAAGUACUAUCACCAGGUGACUCGUGCUGUGCUAGGGGAUGAUCCGCAACUGAUGAAGGUUGCACUCCAGGACUUGCAGACGAACUCCAAGAUUGGGGCGCUCCUGCCUUACUUUGUUUAUGUGGUCAGUGGGGUGAAAUCUGUAAGCCAUGACCUGGAGCAACUGCACCGGCUGCUGCAGGUGGCACGGAGCCUGUUUCGUAAUCCGCACCUGUGCUUGGGGCCCUAUGUCCGCUGUCUGGUGGGCAGUGUCCUCUACUGUGUCCUGGAGCCACUGGCUGCCUCCAUCAACCCCCUGAAUGACCACUGGACUCUGCGGGAUGGGGCUGCCCUCCUGCUCAGCCACAUCUUCUGGACUCAUGGGGACCUUGUAAGUGGCCUCUAUCAGCAUAUCCUGCUAUCCCUGCAGAAGAUCCUGGCAGAUCCUGUGCGGCCGCUCUGCUGUCACUAUGGAGCCGUGGUGGGGCUGCAUGCUCUUGGCUGGAAGGCAGUAGAACGAGUCCUGUACCCACACCUGUCCACUUACUGGACAAACUUGCAGGCUGUGCUGGAUGAUUAUUCAGUAUCUAAUGCCCAGGUCAAAGCAGAUGGGCACAAAGUCUAUGGAGCCAUUCUGGUGGCCGUAGAGCGACUGCUGAAGAUGAAGGCCCAGGCAGCAGAGCCCAACAGGGGUGGCCCAGGUGGCAGGGGGUGCCGGCGCCUGGACGACCUGCCGUGGGACAGCCUUCUCUUCCAAGAGUCGUCCUCCGGGGGCGGUGCAGAGCCCAGCUUUGGGUCCGGCCUCCCGCUGCCGCCAGGGAGCGCGGGGCCGGAGGACCCUUCUCUUUCGGUGACCCUGGCUGACAUCUACCGGGAGCUCUACGCCUUCUUCGGUGACAGCUUGGCCACACGCUUUGGCACCGGCCAGCCUGCACCUACGGCUCCGCGGCCGCCUGGGGACAAGAAGGAGCCGGCGGCAGCCCCGGACUCGGUGCGGAAGAUGCCGCAGCUGACGGCAAGCGCCAUGGUCAGCCCGCACGGCGACGAGAGCCCCCGGGGCAGCGGCGGAGGCGGCCCCGCGUCGGCCUCUGGGCCCGCCGCCUCUGAGAGCAGGCCCCUGCCGCGCGUGCAUCGGGCGCGCGGGGCACCCCGGCAGCAGGGCCCCGGGACCGGCACCCGCGACGUCUUCCAGAAGAGUCGUUUCGCCCCGCGCGGCGCCCCGCACUUUCGUUUCAUCAUCGCCGGGCGGCAGGCUGGGAGGCGCUGCCGCGGGCGCCUUUUCCAGACUGCCUUCCCCGCGCCGUACGGGCCUAGCCCGGCCUCCCGCUACGUGCAGAAGCUGCCCAUGAUCGGCCGCACCAGCCGCCCCGCCCGCCGGUGGGCGCUCUCGGACUACUCGCUGUACUUGCCGCUCUGAGUUAGUGGCAGCUUCGGUCUUUGUAAAUAAAUCCCGCCCCCGGAA